AUGGACAAAUACGCCGAAGAAUGGGCGGAGAGGGAAUUUGUGGGAUAUGGCAUGGAGAUGCCCAACCCGGAAUGGCCUAACGAUGCCAAGGUCUGCGUCAGUUUUCUGGUGCAAUACUACAUGGGAGCGGAGCCGUCGUUCCUGAACGGCGACGAUGUGACUUGCACGGAGCUGAUGGAAAUACCGAGAGAGAGAUUCUACAAAGGGCGCUAUGAAAGUGCUGAGCAGAUGAUCGAGUACGGCGGGAGAGAGGGAGUACCUCGGCUGCUCAACAUCUUCAAAAAGCACAACGUCCCUGUGACCUGGAACCUCUACACUCGCGCAAUCGAGCGAAAUCCGUUCUGGGUCAAGCCGAUUCUCGAUUCGGGUGCAGAGAUCAGUCUUGGCGGCUACCGGUACCAGGACAAUCUCCACGACAACAUCAGCGCCGAGACUCAGGAGGCAGAGAUAGACAAGAGUCUUGACAUCCUGCAGAAAGCUACUGGAAAUGAUAGUGGCCCUCAAGGCUGGUUUGUCGAGAGGAGAACUGGUUUGUCGACCAAGCUGUAUGCCCGCGCGCACGAGUCUCGCGGCAUCCCCCUGGUCUACUCCUCAGACUCUUGCCAGGACGACUUGCCGUACUGGACCAGGUCUCCCGUCGCAGCGGACAAGGGUUUACUGAUGGUACCCUUCUCGUACGACACGAGCGAUAUGCGCUUCAACAUGCGGGGUUCCGGCUGGGCUUGCCCGUCAGACUGGGCAACCUAUCUUGUAGACACCUUCGACUGCUUCUAUGAAGAGGCCGAGGCUGGAGAGCCCAAGAUGAUGACAAUUGUGCUCCACCCUCACGUGUGCGGACGGCCAAACCGUGCAAUUCAACUAGAGAACUUUAUCAAAUACGCACAAGCCAAGGGGGCAUGGUUUGCGACAAGGGCCGACAUUGCAAAACACUGGCAGGAAAAGUUCCCAUACGAUCCUGCUACAGCUUUUGGACAGACUCCUGUUCCCGAAUGCGGUCAAAUCUCCAUUCCAGUUUAG